AUGGCCAGCUCGCAACCUGCUCUUCCCAUCUUGGUCGCAUAUACCGCACUUUGCACAUCAAUUUUUCUAGUUGCACUCGACACUGUACUGAUCCCGACUGCGCUACCCACGAUAUCCGAGUCUUUCAAUAUCCCCGACUCGUUGUAUGCUUGGACAGGUUCAGCAUAUCUCCUCGCGAACGCCUCCUCUAUCCCCUUCUGGGGAACGCUGGCGGAUGUCUUUGGCCGGAAGCCGAUACUUCUUGUGGCGAACGCAAUAUUUCUAAUUGGGAGUAUCAUAUGUGCGGUGAGCGUCAAUGCACCCAUGCUAGUUGGUGGAAGGGCUGUCCAAGGCCUUGGAGGGGGUGGUGUGAACUGCUUGGUGUACGUCUGUGUUAGUGAUCUGUUCACCAUCCGAAAUCGCUCCUUUUAUCUCGGACUAGUGGGUGCUGUCUGGGCUGUAGCAUCAGCUCUUGGUCCUGUCCUCGGAGGUGUUUUCGCUGAGAAACUCAACUGGCGAUGGUGUUUCUACAUCAAUCUACCCAUCGUCUCAUUCUCAAUCAUCCUUCUUUACUUUACUCUACAUCUCCACAAUCCUCGCACCCCCCUCUUGGCCGGCAUGCGAUCGAUCGACUGGCUCGGCACAUUCACCAUUCUCACUGCGACCAUCCUGCUCCUCGUCGGUUUACAGACAGGCGGUACAAAAUCGUACAGCUCACCGGUGGUCAUCGUAUUGUUGUUCCUCGGGUCUGUAGCCUACCUUAUCUUCCCCGUUACUCAAUGGUGGGAGGACAAGAAUGGAGGCACACCAAUAAUGCCCCUCCGCAUCUUCCGUGACACCAGCAACCUCAGCGCAUUGGGAGUGUGCGCCUUCGACGCCCUCGUCUUCAACUCCGUCGCUUACUUCGUACCGCUGUACCUACAGAUCGUCGCCGGCCAGAGCCCUUCCGCGACUGGCAUACUAAUGCUUGCACUCGCUAUCCCGCUGACUAUCGUCUCUCUUACGUCGGGCUUCGUCAUCGAGAAGACAGGUCGCUUCAUGGACUGGCUACAAGUCGGCUUACUGCUCACGACUGCUGGAAUCGGCGCGCUGAUCAGCCUUACGGAGACUUUUGAUCUGGGCAAGGCAAUCGGAUUUCUGGUCCUGAUAGGAGCGGGAUUUGGUCCGACAUUUCACACGCCACUGAUCGCAUUGCAGACGCGCAUCAAAGACACAGAUAUGGCUGUUGGCACCGCGACAUUCGGGUUUGUGCGCAUGUUGUCUGGGGCUAUUGGUGUUGUUAUCGGUCAAGUCAUCUUCCAGGCUCUAAUGAGUGAUAGACUCGAUAGCAUUGUCGACGCAGGCGUCCCUCCGGCUUUCGCAGAACAGCUUGCAGGCGGUGAAGCGGUGAGUCAGGCCAGUGCUGUGGCAUUGCUUGAUGCGGCACAGAAGAUUGUUGUUAGGCAGGGUUUCAUGGGUGCACUGAGGGGUACUUUUAUUUGCUACACCGUUGUUGCAGCGCUGGGGCUGUUGAUGACGUUUGGAAUCAAGAGGGUGACGCUCAAACGAGAGACGGAAGAAAACGCGCAGUUCGAACCAACGCCACGAAUUGCAGGGGACGUGGAAACACUAUAA